AUGAGAGUGGAAAAAACAGAAAAUCCUAGGGUGGUCCUAAGUAGACUUAAACAAGAGUUGACGCAAAAGGAUGCUGAAGGAGGCUUCAAAAAUAUUAGACAAUUACAAUCAGGGGCAGUAAUAGUAGAAAGCCACACUGAAAGCCAACAACAGAAACUGAAAAAUAUAUUGAAAGAUAAGAACGACAUAACAAUCAAAACAUCAGAUGGAAUCGAUAAUAUGUUCAUGGUCACAGGAAUUGAAAAAGGAUACGAGGCAAAAGAAUUCAUAGUUGAAGUCAUAAGGCUGACUAAUGAAAUUGAAGCUGAAUUAAACUAUAGUGUUACAGAUAAAAUCAAGCCAGGAUUUUCAAACAUAAACAGGGAACAAAUUGAUGCUGAUGAGUCUGACACCUAUGGCUCUUUCAAGCAAAUGGAGGAAUACAACAGAAUAGCUCUACUCCAUCAAAACGUCCAGUCGCUUGGAAACUCAAUAAAUGAGGUAAACCAGAUGAUAGCAAAUAAUAGUGACUGUAAAUUAAUUUGCAUCACUGAACACUGGAAGAGUCAAAACCAAAUUAUCAACUAUGCAAUUAGGAACUUCAAGUUAGCAUCGUAUUUUUGCAGAAAACUAGGGAAGCAUGGUGGGAGUGCAGUUUAUGUGAGGGUGGGAGUUCAGUGCUCGGAAAGGUUAGAUAUAAAAUCAUUAUCUGUGGAAGGUUCCCUUGAGUGUGCUGCAGUAAAAUGUUCCUUAUAUGGGUUUAAUUUCAUAAUGUUGUCAAUAUAUAGACCACCAUCUGGUAAUAAGCAUGUGUUUUUAGAAAAAAUGGAACGAAUUCUACUGAAAAUCCGCGAUGACAGUGCUACAAUUUUCAUAGCCGGUGAUUUCAAUAUAGAUUUUUCUCAGGAAAGUCUGAACAAACAACUCUUAUGUUCACUUUUAAAUUCAUAUGAUUUACAUCAAACUAUAUUCCAAUACACACGCAUAACAUCCACCAGUGGAACUUGUAUUGACAAUAUUUUCACCAAUACCUCAACUUAUGUAUCCAAUGUCAUUAAUUCAUUAAUCUCAGAUCACACUGCUCAAAAAAUAACAAUGAAGGUUAAUAGGAACAAUCUUGGUGAUGUUAUACAGAAAAGGAUAUUCAGUUCAGAAAAUAAAGAAUUUUUUUAA